CCGGAACUUUGUACUUGCUACCAACUUACUUGAAAUCUUAUGGCGUCUACAGCUUCUGGUCUUCCCCCACUUUCCUCGAAAGGAGUCUUCUCAGUUUCGUCUUCAUGUCUCAUAAAUGCGCCUCGCGAAGUAGUGUGGGAAGUAUUAAUGGACUGGAAGUCAUAUAAGGAAUGGAAUCCGUUCGUGCGAGACCAGUGCAUCACAGAUGCACGGAAGAAUUACCUGCCCGACGAGACUCCACGUGAAGGGUGUUACCUCUAUAUCCACCCGGUGCAUAUUCCUCCGUCCUUCAACACCAAGUGGUUGCCCAGCUCUUCCUUUGAGCGGAUUUCCACGUUGGAUCAUGAAAAUUAUCGUACAGCAUGGGCGAAUAUCGAAAUGCCACACUGGUUACUCACCGCGGAACGGUGGCAGGCGCUCGUAGAAGUCGAGGGAGGCAAAACACGUUAUGAGACGAUUGGGGUAUUUGGUGGGCUCCUCGCGUAUUUGAUCAGGGCCUUUGUCAGGAAUGGACUGAAGAAGGGAUUUAUAGCUAUGGCUGAAGGGCUUAAAAGCAGAGCAGAAGAAAGGUACGAGGGGCACACCUGAUUGCAUAUUGUUAGUACUGGCACCGAUCAGUUUCUCGCCCGAUCCGAAACACAGACUGAUAUCUAUAAAAUGGGUUUCGCCGUAUCACCGCGGACGCGAAAGCAUGAAUCAAAAUAUAGUCAGAUGACUGUGUCUGCGAUUACGGUGAGCCUGAACUUGUAAGCAGUGUCGUGCACACGAUGCAUGUCGGACCGUUCAUGUCAGGACUAUUAAGGGGGAUGCUGGCAAGAGCCGGCGGCAUUAAUUUUGCAGAUGGAGUCCCUCUUCAUUUUUCCCGGCGCCUGCCGGUCCAGAUUUUGUGAUCCGCGUAAGGCCAUGCAACUUUCAGCUUCUUGAGCUCGCUUCAGCUACUAGCUAGUAACAUAGGCCUUAGUCCAUUUUCCAAGACGUUCGGAUCGACUAUAUAAUUGAACGCCGGAUCCGAUUCGGAUAAUUCCUACACAAAAAUGAAUCGGA